AUUCAUUCUUGGCCAUCGGCUUCUGCAGACAGCUUCCAUCUCCAUUGUCUCCUUUAAACAAGUUAAUAGUUCCAGUUUGCGUCACGACUCAGCUGCUCUUUGCGGAUCUUUUUUUCUAUUGUCUUGCAAUCAGUGUUUUUGUUUUUUUAUUGGAUGGGGACUGAAAUCUAUAUUUUUUGAGGUGUGAAACUGCUGAGCUGCGCAAGGAAGUUGCCUAAGGCGGUCGGGGACCCCAGAGGGAUGCUUCCCCUUUUCCACAUCGUGGGUGGAACCUGAUUUUCUUACCUCUAAUACUCCCAUAGUGGGUGUCCUCGCAUUCCUUCAGUGAUGGGUGCUUAAUUCCACAUUUUCUCUUGCCCUGCGCAGUACUGGUUGUUGGGCUCUACAAAAGAUGUGACUUGUGGAAUACAUGCUCUGCCCCCUAACCAGAUACUCGCAACUAAAGUGCCACAUUUCCUGCUGCACCUCCUGUCAGUGCAAUCUCUUUCCUGGAACAUGUCUAUCUUAUGGGCCUUGGCUAACUCAACACCUGGGGUUCUUUACCCCUGCCUCGUUAAUCAGUAAAAAGGGCUGACAUUAAUAAUCUCUAAAGACUCUCUGAUUGCAUUCGUUACUAACCCCUUUGAUCAUGGAAUCUCAGUGGAGUCCAACUUUUCCUCUCUACUCUCCCUCUGUUGUCUUCCUGCUGCUGGCUACUUCUUACACCUGGCUGUUUCCCAUCACUGCUCCUCAGCGAGUCCCUAUAGACCCCCAGGGAGCACCGGAAUACGCUCACUCCAUCCGUCUGGAUGGCGAUAUCAUUCUCGGUGGAUUGUUCCCGGUGCAUUCGAGGGGAGAUCGUGGGACGCCAUGCGGAGAGCUGAAAAAGGAGAAGGGCAUCCACCGCCUGGAGGCCAUGAUGUUCGCCAUCGACCUGAUCAACAAGGAUCCUGAACUGCUGCCCAACAUUACUCUGGGAGCUCGAAUCUUGGAUACCUGCUCCAGAGACACGUAUGCUCUGGAGCAGUCCCUGACGUUUGUGCAGGCCUUAAUAGAAAGGGAUGGCUCGGAUGUCCGCUGCGCUAACGGAGACCCUCCGAUCUUUACCAAGCCUGAUAAAAUUGUGGGCGUGAUUGGGGCUGCGUCCAGCUCUGUUUCCAUCAUGGUGGCCAACAUUCUGCGCUUGUUCAAGAUUCCCCAGAUCAGCUAUGCCUCCACUGCCCCAGAGCUGAGUGACAACAGUCGUUAUGACUUCUUCUCUCGUGUGGUGCCACCAGACUCCUACCAGGCUCAGGCCAUGAUGGACAUAGUCACAGCGAUGGAAUGGAACUAUGUAUCCACGCUGGCCUCAGAAGGCAACUACGGCGAGAGUGGAGUGGAGGCCUUCGUCCAGAUUUCUAGAGAAACCGGUGGUGUGUGUAUUGCCCAGUCUUUAAAGAUUCCCAGAGAGCCAAGGCAGGGGGAGUUUGACAAGAUCAUCAGGCGCCUCCUGGAAACAUCCAAUGCCAGGGCCAUCAUCAUGUUUGCCAAUGAGGAUGACAUACGGCGAGUUCUCGAUGCAGCUAAAAGAAACAACCAAACUGGCCAUUUCCUUUGGGUUGGAUCAGACAGCUGGGGGUCCAAGAUCUCUCCUGUGAUUGGCCAAGAGAGAGUGGCAGAAGGAGCAAUCACUAUUCUCCCAAAACGUGCAUCUGUGGAUGCAUUUGACCGGUAUUUCCGCAGCCGCUCCCUGUCUAACAACAGAAGAAAUGUCUGGUUUGCUGAAUUCUGGGAGGAGAACUUCAACUGUAGGCUUGGGAUGCACGGCAAACGGCCCGGUGUGCUAAAAAAAUGCACAGGUUUGGAGAAGGUGGGCAGGGACUCCAGCUAUGAACAAGAAGGGAAGGUUCAGUUUGUAAUGGACGCUGUUUAUGCAAUGGCACAUGCUCUGCAUCGCAUGCACCGGGAGCUCUGCUAUGGGUAUCCAGGCCUCUGUCCGCGCAUGGCUAAUAGCAUUGAUGGGAAAGAACUGCUCAGCCACAUCCGUGCAGUCAAAUUCAAUGGAAGUGCCGGUACACCAGUAAUGUUCAACGAGAAUGGAGAUGCUCCAGGAAGAUAUGACAUUUUCCAGUACCAGAUUACAAACAGAUCCACAGCUGAGUACAGAGUCAUUGGCUCCUGGACCAACAAAUUACAUCUGAGGAUGGAGGCAAUGCGUUGGAAGACGCGUGACCCGUCCCUGCCAGCCUCCGUGUGCAGUUUGCCAUGUCGUAUGGGCCAAAGGAAGAAGGUUGUGAAGGGAGUGCCCUGCUGUUGGCACUGUGAAAGCUGUGAAGGAUACCACUAUCAAGCCUCGGAGUUCACAUGCGAACUUUGUCCCUAUGAGAUGCGACCAGAUACCAACCGAACAGGGUGUGUUCCAAUUCCUAUCAUCAAAUUGGAGUGGCACUCCCCUUGGGCCGUUGUACCAGUCUUCAUCUCCAUGCUGGGGAUUAUCGCCACCUCUUUUGUCAUAGUUACCUUUGUGAGGUACAACGAUACACCCAUCGUCCGAGCAUCCGGCCGAGAGAUGAGUUACGUACUCCUCACUGGAAUCUUCCUGUGCUAUGCCAUCACAUUCCUAAUGAUCGCAACGCCGGAUGUGGGUGUUUGUUCACUGCGGAGGAUUUUCCUGGGCUUGGGCAUGUGUUUCAGCUAUGCUGCACUGCUCACAAAGACGAACAGGAUACACCGCAUCUUUGAGCAAGGGAAAAAGUCAGUAACAGCACCCAGGUUCAUCUCUCCUGCCUCGCAGCUAGUCAUUACCUUCUCCCUAAUCUCAGUUCAGCUUCUUGGCGUUUUCGUCUGGUUCGCUGUAGACCCUCCCCACACCGUAGUGGACUAUGGGGAGCAGCGGACCCAAGACCCCAUGGCAGCCCGUGGAGUCCUGAAAUGUGACAUCUCAGACCUCUCUCUCAUCUGCUCUUUGGGUUACUCAAUCCUGCUAAUGGUGACGUGCACAGUUUAUGCCAUUAAGACACGAGGCGUACCUGAAACCUUCAACGAGGCCAAGCCCAUCGGGUUUACCAUGUAUACCACAUGUAUUAUCUGGCUGGCCUUCAUCCCCAUCUUCUUUGGGACAUCACAAUCUGCAGAAAGGAUGUAUAUCCAAACUACCACCCUGACAAUCUCUCUCAGCCUUUCUGCCUCCGUAUCUCUGGGGAUGCUCUACAUGCCUAAGGUCUACAUCAUCCUCUUCCACCCAGAGCAGAACGUCCCCAAAAGAAAACGCAGCUUCAAGGCAAUCGUUACUGCGGCAACCAUGUCAGGAAAGCUGACCCAGAAGGGAGACCGACCAAAUGGAGAAGUCAAGACCGAGCUAUGUGAGAGCAUGGAGACCAACAGUGACUUCAUCAACUAAGACGACUUACGUCAGCUACAGUAAUCAUGCCAUUUGAAGGGACUACGAAGAGAGGGAGCGUGUCUUCUAGGGAGCCAAGUAAGAGAGGAGGUGGAGGGGAUCACAUCUGAUUUUGCCGAAAACCGGUGAAUGCACAGAGCGCCCAAUGGAAACCAAGCAUGAGACAUUUUGUAUUUGUUACCCAUCAGAACCACAGAGGUGGGACCACUCAAACAGCCAGUCAGUGUGCCUGCUUUGCUGCUACUCUCAGCUCAUUGGUCCUGCCAUGAACUUACCUGUUUAAAGAAAGAAAAAAAAUCUUUAAAAAAGUAAAAUAACACAGGACAAUGGACAGCAAAACAAAAAAAAUUAAAAACGUUUAAAAAAAUGUUAAAGAAUAUCUGAAGAUGUGUAGAAAUUAUAUAUAAAAUGGCAAAGGUGGGGCUGAAAAAGAGAUUUAACAAACUACAUUUUAAAAGAUAUUUAAAAAGAGAAAUGUAAGAGAAAAUCUAUGAGACUCAAAGUGUUUGUUGUUGUUCUCUACUUGUAAGUAUUUUUGUGGUUGUGACAAUUUUUUCAUUCUUGUCUCACCGUUGUCUUUGGAUCGCCCUUGCAUAAUGAGAUGAGUGUGUUUCCUCCUGCUGUCUUGGCGAACCGGGUUGUAGCCUUGGGUUGUGAACCUGUCUAAUGCCAUGGUUGAAGCAUGCCAGUUUUUAUACAAAAAGGAGAUUUAUUUAUAAUAAAGGAAUGUUUUGCAAAUGU